GUCGCCAGACAGUCACCGCCCUUCUUCACGUCACACAACGCCACCCCCCUCUGAGCGCGUUGCAUUGUGGGACACAAACAAACUGAUGAGCUCUACUCCCCUCGUCCCCCACCAUUGAGAAGUGGAAUAUUCCAAGCGCUUGGGCCUGUGCGCUAGGUUUCGUGGGCACACGCAGUCGAAAACGCUGGGGACGGCGUGCACCAAAUGCCCAAACAACAGGGGGAAGGAAAUCGAUGAGCAAGAAAGGAGGUCGCAACAAGGAGGUGCAAGACUGAGUGCUGCUGUAUUCUGUUUUGAAAAGUGAUUCAGCUGCAAGUCAGAAUGGGUGUGAAGACAUUUACUCACAAUUCUCCUGGACACAGCCAAGAAAUGCUGGGAAAGCUGAACAUGUUGCGUAAUGAUGGACAUUUUUGUGACAUCACUAUUCGUGUGCAGGAUAAAAUCUUUCGUGCACACAAAGUGGUCUUGGCAGCAUGUAGUGAGUUUUUCCGAACCAAGCUUGUUGGUCAGGCAGAGGACAGUAGCCAGUGUGUUCUUGACUUGCAUCAUGUCACUGUAACAGGCUUUACCCCACUCUUGGAAUAUGCGUACACUGCAACAUUAUCUAUCAAUACCGAAAAUAUUAUUGAUGUAUUAGCUGCUGCAAGUUACAUGCAGAUGUUCAGUGUUGCAAGCACAUGUUCAGAGUUCAUGAAGUCCAGUAUUUUAUGGAACACACAACAAGAAAAGAUUCUUGACACAGGACAGGAAAACCCUGUUAACUGCAAUAAUUUUAGGGAUGGUAGCCUUUCACCUGUCUCUUCAGAAUGCAGUGUUGUGGAGAGAACAAUUCCCAUCUGUCGAGAAUCCAGACGCAAGCGAAAAAGUUACAUUGUUAUGUCACCUGAAAGUCCACUGAAAUGCAAUACACAAACAAGCUCUCCACAAGUUUUAAACCCUACACCUUCCUAUGCAGAGGCAAGGAAUCAAUCAGUAGACUCUUCGCAUGCUUUUCCUUGGACUUUCCCCUUUGGCAUUGAUCGAAGGAUACAGUCUGAAAAAGUAAAGCAAAUUGAGUCCAGAACAUUGGAACUACCUGGACCAUCUGAAGUUGCUAGGAGGGUAACAGAUUAUGUUGCCUGCGAAAGCACUAAAGUAAGUUCUCCCUUGGUAAUGGAGGAUGAUGUUAGAGUCAAAGUUGAAAGGUUAAGUGAUGAAGAGGUGCAUGAAGAGGUGUCUCAGCCUGUGAGUGCAUCUCAAAGCUCGAUGAGUGACCAGCAGACUGUCCCUGGAAGUGAGCAAGUUCAGGAGGACUUGUUAAUCAGCCCACAGUCGUCUUCCAUAGGUUCUAUUGAUGAAGGUGUCAGUGAGGGGCUGCCCACACUCCAGAGUACCGCCAGCACCAGUGUUCAUGCAGAUGACGAUGACAGAUUGGAAAAUGUUCAGUAUCCUUACCAGCUAUACUUGGCUCCUACCACAAGCAGCACGGAACGCCCUAGCCCAAAUGGUCCAGAUAGACCUUUUCAGUGCCCCACCUGCGGUGUACGCUUUACACGGAUUCAGAAUUUGAAGCAGCACAUGCUCAUACAUUCUGGAAUUAAACCAUUUCAGUGUGACCGCUGCGGGAAAAAAUUCACUCGGGCUUACUCCCUAAAGAUGCAUCGGCUGAAACACGAAGGUAAACGCUGUUUCCGGUGCCAGAUAUGUAGUGCAACAUUCACUUCCUUCGGGGAAUACAAACACCACAUGAGGGUUUCCCGGCACAUUAUCCGCAAGCCUCGGAUAUACGAGUGCAAAACAUGUGGCGCCAUGUUCACCAACUCUGGAAAUUUAAUCGUGCACCUGAGGAGCCUGAACCACGAAGCGUCAGAGCUAGCAAACUACUUCCAGAGCAGCGAUUUCCUAGUGCCGGAUUAUUUGAGCCAGGAGCAGGAAGAGGCCCUUGGGCAGUAUGAGCUGGCAGAACAUGCCUUUGAAAGCAACUCCUCUGUCCAAAUGCCCGUUAUCUCCCAGGUUUCCUCAACACAGAACUGUGAAAGCACUUUUCCCCUGGGAUCUGUGGGAGGGUUUGCAGAGAAAGAAGAGGAUGAAGAUGAAAUGGCAGAGCCUUCAAAGCCCAGCCCAGCUGAGGAAACAAACAUUGAAGAUCCACCAAAGACAGAGGUGGCUUCAGUUGCUGUUGAAUAGCUAACAACUGACCCACAAUAUCUUCCUUGCACCCUGACUUAAUUUUAGCUUUUUUUUUUUUUUUUUUUUUCUUUUGUAUUGGUUUUUGCUUGUUUGUUGUUUUUUCCUCUGCUUUCUUUGGAAAUUACCUGUGUUUGGUCAAUUUAUUAUUUACUUUAUAUAUUUUGGAGGAAACAAAUAUAAGCAACUGGGGACGCUGGCAUACUACAUACCCUCUUUUCAUCUCAUUUAAUUUCAAUAGCGCUAACAUUAGUUGAAAACUACAAAUAUAUUACGCUUAAUCGAAUCUCCAGUAGGGCUUAUGGCAGAUAGACACUAAUUCUGCUUGAAAAUGUCACAGAAUAGGUAAUUUUAACAGUUAACAUACUGUUUAAUGGUUCAGUAAUUGUAUUUUCCCCUGUUUUUGCUCCAUACAUGGUAAUGUUCUUUGUACACAAAUAUUACAGCUAUAUAGUUUCCUUAUUUUAAUACCUUGUCUACUGAAGGUUCCUGCAAAGGAAGAGGUGAAUUAUAUAUUAAUGUGAAUUGGUUUCCAGUACAGUAAAAAUAUAUACCUGUAUUACUGCUUUUGUGUAAGUACCGUGCUGGAGAGCUGUAUUAACCAAGGCAUUUCCAAUAACUGACACGCCAUUUAAGGGUGUGAAUGUUAUUAUGGGAUGAACAAGGCAUCUAUAAAGGUGAAAGAACGGUUGCAGGUUUUGGAGUACAUGUGCUGCACAUUAGAGGAGUUGAAUACGUUUUUUUUUUUUUUAAACUGCUAUUUAGUUUAUCCCUUUUACUGCAACGCUGGGUAUUUUUUAAUUACUACAUAGGAAGCGUGAUGUUUUAAAGUGAAAGUUUUAAACUGAUUGAAGUGUUUUUUACUUUUAAUUUUGUGGUCCAUGGUGGCCUUAAUACUCUAUUUAGAGCUUGUAGAGGUUUUGGUACUGAGGUUAUUUAUUACCUCUGGCAUUAUUUUAUUCAGUUUUAACAGUUGGCUUCCAUAUGGUUUAAUGGUUGGAAUUUUAUGACCAAACAUUUUCACCAGCAACAAGAAGUAUAUUGAUAAUACCCUUAAUACUACUAUUUUAAUACAGUCUUUUCUUUUAUCCUGUACCGUCUACCUAUGGUAAAUUGUGCCAUGCUUCAUAAAGACAGUGAAUUUGCUCACGUUCAGAAUGUUGACAGCGGCUUUCUUAUAUCAUGUAAAUGCAUCAAGCACAAGGCACUUGUCAAAUAAUGGCCUGGUACUAAUCUGUUCAAAAUUUUAUACAGUGAAUAUGUUAACAACCAACAUGAAAUCUCAGUAACAAAAUACAAAGCAGCUGCUAUUCCUGUAGAGUAAAACUAAUAUUGUUAGUUUAUCUGUAAGGACUACAUAUAAAAUGUUACCAUCAAAACAACAUCUUGUGUUAUAUUUGUUUGUUUUUGUGCCUUUAAAAACCAUGUAGCAUAGAGUAAAAUAUAUAGAUUUUUGAAAAGUU